ACCCGAAAGUUUCCGUGGGAAUAGAGACAAGAGCGGACUGGAGUCUGGAGGCUGCGCGUGGAGCAUCCGAAGUUCGUUUGUAUGAGAAUGGAGAAAUCAGGGAACACAGCUAAGGUUCUACUAGAUCAGCCCUGGGUUCCUGUUGAGAUCUCUAGCACCCUUUUUUUGGUGAAAGUCAGCUUUGAGAAUACUGCCUAUCAGCUUUUGAUCUCUGAUUUGGACUUUGUCUGGUAUGAGUCAGUGGACACAAAUACUCUUGAACAGAGGGCCCAGGAGCUGAACCGACGGUUGAAAGCCUCAGUUGUUUCCUUCUUUCAACAGCUGUGUGCUAUUGCUCAGCCAAAGCUAGAGGGCCGUGAGGGGACUGAUAGUGCAGCCACUUUUUCUUGUGAGCGUUUUCAGGAUGGUUUGACUCUGCACAUGAAGAGUGAACUAGCUGGGGUUCCAUUUUACUGGAGGUUCAGCUGUUCACCUGCCUCUGUCAGAGUGAUUUGCCAGCACCUUGUGCGUCCUUUUCUGACAAUAAGCGGGUUCCUUCAAGAGCAAACAUUGGAGCUAGGUGCAUUGCUGAAAAGAAAAGAUGAUGAAAUACAGGACUACAAGGAAAAUGGUGCCGUGCUCAGUCGAGAUCGUUUGAAAACAGAAUUGUUCCAGCAACAGACAUUUAAUAAGCUUUUUUUCUUAAAGAAACUUCCUGAGAUGUGCGCUGUUCAGGACUGCAGAGGAUUCACCAGAGAAAUUCAAGAGCUGUAUGUAGCAGUGACAACAAUGGGGUCUCGGCAGAAGCGUAAGCAUGAGGACAAUGAAGGCACAAGUACUCAGGUUUCCCAGGAAGUAUCCAAAAGCAUCUCCACCCAAGCUGAACAGGCCCAGAAGACGCCAUCUGAACAUUUUACAGAAGAAAAGUGCAAAGAAGAAGGAGGAAGAACACAGUCACCUUUGAAAAAUGACACUAGAAAGGAGAUGACCAGGAAUAUGGGUGUUUCUUCCAUGGCAACUGCCACUCAGGCUUCAAGUCAACCUACUGCAAGACCUAAAAAGAAAUCAGCCAAAGGUCUUUUUCGCUAAUCCGCAUUUCCAGACUGAUCACAUUUUUAUUCACAGUUUUUAGACAUAAAUUUUUAUCAAUUAAUUAUGAGUUUUAAUCUUCAGAGACUCAUUUGGGACAUAAAUUGCAAAUUAUUUUAAAUAUUUGUUUUUAAUUUGUGUAGUGGCAAGGGUAUUUUUUAAUAUUCAAUAAAUUAUACUUUUACUCAAGAAAGGCUUGCAUUCCUCCUUCCCUUCUGCUGAAUGGCAGUAGUACACACAAAAUAAAUUGCUUUAUAUUAGAAUUGAAUGUGCACAUUAUCUGAAAAGUUGCAUACUGUUCCAUUAAUCUCAAAGUACUUACCUCAGAUGGCUCUGUUGUUCCUAGAAUGUCCACCCAAAGGUGCAGCAUCAAGGCAACAGAAAUAGAAAAUGGAUUGAUGUGGCACAAAUUCUCACCAUUCUCACAUGUGCUUUACAUAAAAUUGGAUUUUUUUCCAGUUAAAAUCAGCUUAUGGGUGUAU